UCCUCGCUGCAGUCCUCAACCAGGUCGGCUCCCAACACACAAAAUGCACCGCCACGCACAGCUCGCCCCACACUCGCUACCAGGGGCAACAGCCGUAGGACCGUCACGUCUGGCAGAGGCAAGGGCGGGAAGGGGCUCGGCAAGGGGGGCGCCAAGCGCCACCGCAAGGUGCUGCGCGACAACAUCCAGGGCAUCACCAAGCCGGCCAUCCGCCGCCUGGCUCGCCGUGGCGGCGUCAAGCGCAUCUCGGGGCUCAUCUACGAGGAGACGCGCGGCGUGUUGAAGGUGUUCCUGGAGAACGUGAUCCGUGACGCCGUCACCUACACCGAGCACGCCAAGAGGAAGACUGUCACGGCCAUGGACGUGGUCUACGCCCUGAAGCGCCAGGGACGCACCCUCUACGGCUUUGGCGGUUAAAGGCUUUUUUGUCUGCCCGGACCAUCUCGAGAACCCAAAGGCUCUUUUAAGAGCCGCCCACUUUUUCCGAAGAAGAGCUGCUAUUGUUCUCUCUGGAGGUGCAUCUGAAACGCCUAUUAUCAAGUUCUCGAGUUUUAUUUCAAACAGCAGUAGCUAGUAGUGGUCAAAAAUUAUACGAUUGAUUUUGCUGUUAUUGAUGCGGUUGUCUUUGCUGUGUAAGAGUAAUGCAUUUUUCUUUGUGUGCUCGAAUUCUCUUGCCCAUGCACUUCAUUAAAAAUAAUGUCAAGUGUUCAUAAUCAAAUGUAAAUGUUUUCUUAACCUUUUUGAAGUUUUCGGUGAUUGAAGCAGUUGCCUGCAGUUUUGUUCAAUGUCCUGCCUGUACUUGAAUUUUUUCUUUUAACUGAGGUUAGAUAAUCAACUGCAAGAAAGAAAGGCAAAACAAUUUGUCAUCUAGGGAAAAAAACCAAAGUUACUUUGAGAUGAACAUUCUCUUUCAGAUAUUCCUAAAUAAACAGUUUUCUUUACCAUAA